UCAUGUUAUCUUUCUUGCAAGCUAUGUUGGCUAUCGUACCUGGGUAGCCACAAAAUUGUUGAAUCGUAUGAUCAGAAAUUCACGAUGGACAUUACUACUUGGGCAGCACCCUCACUAAAAUCUAGUCUACUCAUUCCAGACCCCAGACUCUCGCAAAUAGCUCACAGGCGCCAACUUUCUGCGAAUAGCCUAGAAGGCUGGUAUACCGCCGAAGACUCUGCCAGCGAGAAUGACCCCGCUAGAGAAGCUUACGAAGCGGCCGUGGAAGUCUUCAGGAGAGAGCUCACGAAAGAUGAAUGCAAAAAGAUAUGGCUAGGCGACAAAAACUCCAUGUCGGAUGUUCAACAGGCUAUACAACAAGCACGAUCAAACUACGAGUCCUCAUCACGAAAAUCAAAAGCUAGGGAAUGGCUGAGUCGAUGCGCUACAAGAAUCGUUUAUUAUGGCAAUGUGAUGGAUGUCAUCAUACAAGGCUGUCCGGAAUACGCGUCAUUUGCAUGGGGGGCCUUAAAAUUUCUCUUCAUCGCGAUAACCAAUCACGAAGAACUGCUAACCGAGAUAUCCAAAGCUAUCACAAAGAUCGCGGACGUCCUUCCGCGAGCAGAAUUGCUGUCGGUCUUGUACCCAACCAAACGAAUGAAAACUGCCCUAUCGGAGCUAUAUGCUCAUAUUAUUCACUUUGUACAGCUAGCUGUAAAGUACUACAAAAGUGGUCGCGUCGCAAAGUCACUAGCCGCAGUCACAAAACCAUUUAGUAUCAAGUACAAUCCCGUAUUAGACGACAUACGAGAUGCCUCACGUCGUAUAUAUGAGCUGGCGAACUCGGCGAUGAAGGCAGAACUCAGAGAUCUUCACAUCCAGGUCAGGCAUUUGACUGAAAUUACCCUGGGGGUGACCGUUGAUCUUACACGACAACGCCGACAGUAUGAGGGCUCGCAAAUUGAAAUGAUCCAGGAUCUGCCAAUCUUUCAGCGUGUUCCAUAUCAUGAAGGUACUUUAGAAUACUGCCGAUCAAUGACUAGUCGACGGAGGAAGCGCUUGUCGUGCUCCCUCUCGUACACUGAUGUGAUCAAGCUCAAGACGUGGUUUGAGAACAGGAAUUCCGCAAUACUGAUUGGAGAGGCGCAUGGGGUCAAGACCAGCUCCCGAGACUUUGCCGUAGAUCUCCUGAAUCUGGUAAGACCGUCAUCGCUUCCAGUCGUCUGGGUGCUACCUGAACGGUUGGAGAGCGAAAGCGUCGUAGAGCUUGAAGACGUCAUGGCCGGACUUGUGCUUCAAAUUCUGGAACUCAAUCCUACUCUACUUUCUACCGGCGUCAAUCCCAUAUCAACCCGGCAUUUCCGGACGUCUCUAUCCGUAGAGCAAUGGCUUCAGCUCCUUCGCAAAAGCAUGCAGGGUAUGAAACAACUGCUGAUUGUUUUAGACUUCACCAUACUGCAAGCCACCUUGGAGCGGUCAAAUAUGUAUGAGCCAGAAGAAUUUCUCGAGGCAUUUCUCGGCCUUAAAAGUAUACAUGGACCUAUUAUCAAGAUUGUGGCAUUGACAUGGAAACUGGAUCAUGUCAUUUCGGGUGGGAUCGAUGAUCGUUUUGUAACAGAACUCAUUGCCACCGAUCCUGGACCGAGGAAAGUUCGACUCAUGCGAAACCCGAAAUUUCGUGCAGUAUUUAGUUCUCGGCGGCAAAAACUGGCAGUUGCACUCAAGGAAUCCAGUUUGGUGGCUGAUUACUGGAAGAGGCCCGAUAAGGAACAAGGACCAACGAUGAGCCGAGUCAUCACCAUAUCCACGCUACAAAGUUAUUUUCCUCCUCCAUUACAAAGCUUUAAAGUUUCUGAUCACUGGAAAAUGUCAGCUUCAUACACUGCGCGACAGUCAAAAACGCUCGGCGCAAUCUUGGGCGUCCACUGCGGGGAUUCGCUAGGCGCUACUCUGGAAUUCAAACCAUGGUCAUGGAUCAAAAAGACACAUCCGAACGGCCUGCGACAAAUACUUGGAGGCGGAGUCUUAAAGUGGCCACCUGGAAAUGCAACUGAUGAUACCGAUCUGACGCGCGCAGUCCUCCUCGCAUAUCGAGAUUUCGAAGAAUACAAGGCGGCAAGGGAUGCACAGUCGACAGAGAGCUUCAAUGUGGUCCAGGCAGCAGCCGAAUAUGCCGUGAAAUGGAAUGAAGGAGACUGGCCAGGUCGCUCUAAAGGCUCACGUCCGAAUGAUAUUGGCAAUACUACAAAGAUCGGGCUGCGAAAUUACAAGCGGACGAAAGACACGGCAAUCUGCGGCGCAGGAGCUGGGCAAGCAGGGAAUGGAAGUUUGAUGCGCUGCAUCCCGACUGGGCUUUUCGCGACCGGAGAGAGUCGGAAGAGUGAAUCGAUAGCUAUCAGCGGAUUCACCCACAACGACACCAAAUGCACAAUUUCUUGUGCCGUAUAUAACGAAAUAGUCGAUGCUCUGGUCAACGGCAAGACGCCACAGGAGGCCGUGGAAAUUGGAAAGGUGACUGCAAAUGAGCUGGGGUGCAUGGAAGUGGCAGAUGCAAUCAAAGAAGGCGAGACGCUGUCCCUGCAGAAAGUAGCAAAUGAGGGACCACGUGGGAUAGUCAGCGUCUCCGGUUUUGUGCUCAACAGCUUGAAGCUUGCCGUUGCGGCAGUACUAGACGCGCGAUCCUUUGAAGAUGUCUUGGUGGAUUUAGUUCGCCUCGGAGGAGACACUGAUACGCAUGGUGCCAUAGCUGGGGGAUUACUGGGUGCAAGAGAGGGAAUAGAAAAAAUUCCUGCGUCUUGGUUGGAGAAAUUGCAGUUUCGGGGUGAAUUUGAACAAGUCGUUUUGCGCAUUCUCCAGCUCCAGGAAACCGCCGGGCAGACUGAAACAGCUUGA